CGCCGCACAUGGACCCUGCUGCCGAGCUGUGGGGUUUCAGCCCGGGAGGUAGGCCCCGCCCAUCAGCGCGAUGCUCUUUAUGGUAUCGGCCACAAAGGGGGGAAGCAGGGGUUGCCACCACAGCCAACGGCGCGGCUUCAGUCAGCUCAGCCGUUCGGCACCUAUGCGAACACGAACAAAAGGAGCCUUUCUCCCCGUUUUGUUUCGUUUCUUCGGACCUUCCUGUCCCGAUUCACUCCCCUGUGGUAACCUUUGUGCGGUAGAUCACCUCCUCGAGCAUCGAGCAAAUGCUCGGUCGGAAGACAAACACACACUCCUUUCCUGACCCGGUCACUCCUUGGACUUCUUUCUAUACGCGGCCGGAGAGGGUGUAGUUGGCCUUUCGUUCCUUUCACUUGUUGGGCCCAGGGCCCGACCAGAUCCAUCCCUCCGCCGAUUCUGCAACUCGGACAUCCGAGGAACUGUGCCCUCCCGGCGCCGCGCCGACAUGGCCGACGACGAUGUUGAGCGCCAGGUUGAAAAACCGCGCCCGGCGGAGCGAUCAGUACAUGCGGUAUUCUACAUCGCGAAUUGGAUCUUCUUUUCCAACCUGACCAUUCUCUUCAACAAAUGGAUAAUCGAUAGCCGGGGAUUCAGAUACCCCGUGAUCCUAACAUGCUGGCACAUGGUCUUCGCUACUAUUGCGACUCAGGUCCUGGCGCGGACGACUAAGCUCCUCGACGGGCGCAAGAGCGUCAAGAUGACGGGGCGCACCUACCUGCGCGCCAUUGUGCCCAUCGGCCUGCUGUACAGCGCCAGCCUGGUGUGCAGCAACAUGGUCUACCUGUACCUGAGCGUCGCCUUCAUCCAGAUGCUCAAGGCCGCCGCGCCCGUCGCCGUGCUGCUCUGCUCGUGGGCCUGGCGCGUCGAGGAGCCCUCGCUCAAGCGCUUCCUCAACAUCCUGCUCAUCGUGGGCGGCGUGGCCCUCGCCAGCUUCGGCGAGAUCGCCUUCAGCAUGACCGGCUUCCUCUUCCAGCUCGGCGGCAUCGUCUUCGAGGCCAUGCGCCUCGUCAUGAUCCAAGUGCUGCUGGCCGGCGACACCCAGAAGAUGGACCCGCUCGUCAGCCUGUACUACUACGCCCCCGUCUGCGCCGUCAUGAACAUCGUCAUCGCCAUCGGGUCAGAGGCCAGCUCGUUCAACCCGGCCGACCUCGCCACCGCCGGCUACGGCCUGCUGCUGCUCAACGCCAUGGUGGCCUUUAUGCUCAACGUCAGCAGCGUCUUUUUGAUCGGCAAGACCUCCGGCCUGGUCAUGACCCUAACCGGCAUCCUCAAAAAUAUCCUCCUCGUCAUUAUUUCGGUCCUCAUCUGGCACACGGCCAUCACAUGCCUGCAGUUUCUCGGCUACGCCAUUGCCCUCGCCGGCCUGCUCUACUACUCGCUCGGCAAGGAUCAGCUGCUCGCCCUCUCCCAGGCUGCCUGGGUCUACGCCAGGGGCGGCUACGAGGCCGUGCGCGUGUCGCCGCCGUCGGGGGACGAGCCGGGCCAGAGCCAGGGCCAAGGUGGUGGGUUGCCUUCAGCCGUGCGCCGGGCGUUGGUCUUGGCUCUGGCGGCCGUGGUGAUCUUGGUUCUUUUCGGGGCUUUCUUUUAUCGUGGCGGAGGAGGUGUAGAGCCUGGGUUGGGCCGGCGAUUUGGUGGUGCCAACGCUUCGUAAGAGUUUACUGGGUUUACUGGGUUGGGGCGAUAUCACAUAUUGGCGUUGAUGGGUUCGUCCUUAUUUAUCUUUCUUGGGAGAGCAAAGCGUCAUUCUUGUGUAUGACGAUGGUUGGAUAUAGCUGUUUAUCAGCACGACCAGGCAGGUGCUCUGUUCCCG